AUGAGUUUAGACCAAGAAAAGAUCCAGAAAAGGCUGUCUCAGAUCGAGAUUGAUAUCAAUCAGAUGAACCAGAUGAUAGAUGAUAAUUUGUUAGUCAAUGAAGAGCAACAACAAGAGCAACAACAAGAAGUGGAAGAAAGUACUGCGGAAGACGAUGGUGGUGAUUUGAAAAAUGAAGAGAAGACUGGAGUUGAUGAAAGUAUCCCAAACGAGGAGAUUACUUCUGAAACAACUGAUAAUGCUCCUGCUGGAGAUGCAAUUAAAAAACUUGACGAAAACAAUUCAGACAAUUGGGAAAGUGUAGAUGAAAAUGAAGAUUCGAUUGAGGUUACAACUCAAGAAGCUGAUAUUAAAGAAGACCAUGUUGAACAUGAAAAGGAAAUUGAAAAUGAACAAGGUUCUAUUGUCGAAGCAGAAAUUGCAUCAGAAACUAACAAUUUAAAAUCAAUUAAAGAAAAAACAGCAAUGGAAACCACUAUUGAACCCCAAGUUUUAGUCAUUAGUCCAAAUGAAGAACAAAAAUUAACACAGAGAUUUGACAAUAUAGAUAUCAGCCCUGCAAGCGCUACCGAUUCUAUAGAUAGAGUUUUUGAAGAAACAAAAAUGGAAUUCCAAAGAAUUAAAUUAGAAAAUGAAAAAAUUAUUGAGGAAAAUGGAGAAGUUGAUUCUACUGAACACGAGGAACCAAGUAAAGAAGAAAUUGAAAUUGAAAUUAAAGAAUCUAUUAAGGAAGAGAUUGUUGUAAAAGAAGUCGAAGCAAAUACAAUUGAAGAUGAAGUUAGUUCUCCAAGACAUGAAGAACCAAUAGUUAAAAAUGAAACUGAAGAAGUUCAGGUCCCCGAGUUUGAUAAUGAAAUCAAACCUGGCACUGUAGAAGAGCAGUCUAUUGAUGUAGAAGAUCUUGCUGAUGAAGAGAUUUUAAAGACUGCUUUAGAAGAUAACCCAAUUGAUACCCAAAUUGGAACAUUGGAGUCACCAGAAAAUAUCGAAUCAGAAAAAUCUACAGGUAACAGUAUGGAUAUGUCAAAUGAUAGCAAUAUAGAUAAUGAGGUAUCCGAUGACACCUCCUCUUCUAUUGAUACUGCAAAAUUAGAACAAACAGUUUUAAAGGGUGAAAUUGAUAGAACUAUCUCCCCAAUCGAACCUCCAUCUCAAAUUUUCGUCGCUAAGAGCAAUAUGAAAGGUUCAGUCAAUGACAAACAAGGAACUCGUAGGAGUACUAAUCCAUUCCGUGUCGUGUCUGUUAGUGGCAGUUCAUCUCCUCGUAGUAACCCGUCAAGUAGACACGCAAGUGGUUCAAGUAAUAACGAACCACGUAGAAUCCCUUCAACAGAAUCCACUUCUAGUGUAAAUUCGAUAGAAAAAUUACAAAGCAGACAAGAUUAUUUGAUAAUGAAAUGUAGUAAAUUACAAAAAGAGAUCAAUUAUCUAAAAAACAUGAAUACCCAAGGGAUGCUAUCGAUAGAAGAUUCACGUAAAUUGAAUUCGGCAAUACAAAAAUUGCAAGAUUAUUUAGACAGAAAGACAAAGGAAAAAUACGAAGUUGGUUUAUCAUUAAGUAGACAACUAAGAAAAGGGGUUGAUCGUGGUGAAAAUGCACAAUUUUGGGUAAGUAAUAAAUAG